GCUGCGCUUAGGCCCGUGGCUCUUGUCGAAGAUGGCGUUGCUGUCUGUGUCCAGAAUUUCCAGAAGGGGCCUCGUGUGGAGCGUUUCACGGGUGCCAUGCAGAGAAUUUUGGUCUCGAUUCAGGAAAGAGAAAGAACCAGUGGUAGCUGAGACCGUAGAAGAGGUGAAAAAGGAACCUAUCCUGGUGUGUCCUCCCCUACGAAACCGAACAUACAUACCACCCGAAAAUCUCCAGAAUCAUUUGGAAUCUUGUGUUAAAGAAAUUUUUGGUUCAUCUCUUUCUACUAAUUGGCAGGACAUCUCCUUGGAAGAUGUUCAUCUGAAGUUCAGUCUCUUGGCACAUUUGGCUGAUGACUUGGGCCAUGUAGUUCCUAACUCCAGGCUUCACCAGAUGUGCAGGGUUAGAGAUGUUCUUGAUUUCUAUAAUGUACCUGUUCAAGAUAGAUCUAAAUUUGAUGAACUUAAUGCCAGCAAUCUGCCUCCCAAUUUGAAAAUUACUUGGAAUUACUGAGUAAUUUAGAAGAGGAACACACUGAAAUCAUAUUUUCCCUCUGAGAAAGGGGGCUGCUUAUUAGACCUUUCAUUACUUUACCAUGUGAAAUACUAUCAGAACUGUUCUCUAAACCCACUUUUUUUGUAGAAGAAUGCAUCGUCUACUUUUUUUUUCUCAUAUCAUGAAUUGAUAAAGAGCAUUCUACUUUCACACUUGCUGAAAACUUUUUUUUAAAUGGAAUCCGGUCAUUAAUGAUUUAUGGAAAUCUUUUUCUCUGGAGUACACUGUAAUUAACUGGAAUGUAAGACAGGAAGAAAUGACAAAUUCAAACCCUUCAUAGGCAUAAUGUAAUAGUUCCAAGAAAAUGUUUAAUCCUGUUAGAAGUCCUAAAUCUAAGAUAGAAUUAUAUAUAGCAUAUGCAUAAAUAAGGAAAAAUGUAUUAAAUUAGAUUUUUUAUAAAAGAAACAAAAGUCUGUUGUAUAUUACUGUUCAUUCUGGAUUAAUUUCUUUUGGAAAUUAAAAGUAGAUUUAUUAAGGUUCCUUGUGUGUUUUUAAUUUUUUUAAGUGAAUUUACUUUUGUUUUCUGCCUUGCCAUUUCUUUAAAGUGGAUAUUAUAACUGAAAAAAUUAUAUGUCAACUAUUAAGUGCUGUGACUUUUUUCUUGGAAGAGAUAUGCCAGAUUCAGUGGAAAUAAUGCUUACAAUAAACCUUUUGUCUUUCCUGUAA